CUUAUUAUUGGGAUUGCGUAACCCAACCCACCGUGUGUCCUCAGAUGCCUGCAGAAUCCAGACCCACAGGCUGGGCUUCACUGCCGGGCUGGGGCUCUGGUUCUGGGUGGGUGUGGCUCACAUAGCUGCGUCGUCAUGGGGCGUUUUAUCCGCCGUUCCCUCCUAAAAAACACGAUCGGGACUCCUCAAACCACCAGGUUAAAGUUAUUUAGACUAAUAGACAGUGAAGGUUAACAAACAUCAGCCUGGAACAGAUCAGAAGUGUUGAAGACUUUAGUAUUUUCCUCUGGAGGCAGAUCUACAGACCCGUCAGGACAGUUGCUGGUCAUGGGGGACAUCAAAAAAGGGAAAGCUACAUUUGUAAAGAAAUGUGCCCAGUGUCACACAGUGGAAGAAGGAGGGAGGCACAAGGUGGGACCCAACCUGUGGGGUCUGUUUGGGAGAAAGACCGGACAGGCCCCUGGAUACUCCUACACAAAGGCUAACAUCGAAAAGGGUAUUAUAUGGAACGAGGAGACCUUGAUGGUCUACCUUACAAACCCCAAGAAAUACAUCCCUGGAACCAAGAUGGUAUUCUCUGGAAUCAAAAAGAAAAAGGAAAAGCAGGAUCUUAUAGCCUAUUUGAAGGACUCCACCUCCUAAUGUACACACCACACAUACUGUAGCCGUGGAUAAAAAGGUGAUACUGUCAUAGAAAAUCACCGGAAUAUGUUCUCUCUUGUUUUGAGCUCAUAUCAGAUGUUAUUUAUAUGAACGGGUGCAUUUUGUUGCAGUACACCCCUGCUGCCACAUGGUUUUUUUUAUGUGUGGGAAACUGCUUUUAAUUAUCCUAUGAGUCAACUUGUGGGCUUUCCAGGUAUUUUUUAUAUUAUUUCUAAGGCCUCUUAAAGUGGCCGAGUUUUGUGGGGAUUUUCUAAAAAGUUCCAAACUUUGAGCUUUGCACAUUAUUUUGACUUAUUGCGCACAAAGUUGCUGUUUCCUUUCAGCUAAAUAAUUGAACCUUAUUUCAAUGUGGGGAUUGGGAACAUUGUUCAUUUUUCUGCUGUUUCUGAUUCUAUGUUAUAUAUUUUAUUAUUUCUUACCGUGUUUAAGUUGUACCUUAAAAUGAUUGCUUUGAAUCCAUUCUUUUUUUAUAUUACCUUUUUUUUUAGACACAGAACAGUGUAACUUUCCACUCAGUUACACAGCCAUUCUUGUGUAAUGUACUUGAAAUACUCACUAACCUGUUUGGAUAUGACAUGUUUAAGUGAAUUCCUUAAGUGAAACUAUGCACAAAUAAAUAUCUGUCCAUUUCUUCUCA